CUGCUCUCUGUCCUUUGCAAUGGCUACGCACUCAGGGACCAAUCGCCGCGCCCAAUCGGGCGGCUAUCUUCCCAUUGAAGACUAUGGCAUUGUGGGCAACAUGCAUACAUGCGCUCUUGCUGGGCUGGAUGGAAGCAUAGACUUCAUGUGCUGGCCUGACUUUGACUCGCCGUCCGUCUUCUGCCGUCUCCUGGAUAAGAACAAGGGGGGUUAUUUCGGCAUUUCGCCGCCCGAUGAGUUCGCCUGCACUACGAAGCAGCAAUAUCUCCCCUCUUCGUGCAUUCUGCAAACCAGGUACAUUCACGAAGAUGGUGUCGUUGACGUUGUGGACUUCUUUCCCCGGCCCAAGAGUGCAAAGGUCAUGACCAAAGGGUACAAACAGAACGCCUAUCGCGAGGCCAUAAAUGUCCAAGAAGAGUUGAAGAAAUGGGUUGUGCGGCGUGUAGAGUGUAUUCGUGGAUCGUUGCCUAUAAAUGUUGAAAUCUUUCCUGCAUUCAACUAUGGGCGAGAUUCUCACGAGACUACACUUUUACAGGAGAUUCAUACACCGGAGCAUCGAGAAAGCAAAAUAGGAACCUUUCACAGCAAGGAUGUUAAACUCCAGCUGGACGUUGCUGUCGACAAGGGAGAUGGACACGACUGCGGCCAGAUGACUUUCGAAAAGGUGAAAAAGGAUGAGAUGCUCGGCGAAGGCAUAGUAUCUCACUUUACUUUACGUGCCGGCCAAUCGGUGUCGUUUGUCCUAAGGAAUGACAUUCCCAACCACAUUACGGAAGUCAUUACAGAUGCAGUUGUGGAUAGUCAACAGCAUGACACGCAGAUGUUUUGGUACAAUUUCAUCUCUCAAUCCAAGUACAAGGGGCGAUGGAGAGAGGUCGUAUCGCGAAGUCUUAUGAUUCUGAAAUUGCUCACUUAUGAACCGACCGGUGCCAUUAUUGCAGCUCCCACCUUCUCUUUACCUGAAGACGUAGGGGGCGUGAGAAAUUGGGAUUAUCGUUAUUCUUGGGUACGAGACUCGAGCUUCACUAUAUACAUUCUCCUCCGGCUUGGCUUCAAAGCCGAGGCAGAUGCAUAUAUGGACUUCAUCAUGGAGAGAUUCACAUCAGAUCGAGGACCCGAUGGGGGUCUUCCCAUCAUGUUUACUAUUCGGGGAGGCACUGAUAUUCCUGAAAUGACUCUAGAUCACUUUGAAGGCUAUCGAGGCAGUGCCCCUGUUCGCAUUGGGAAUGGCGCAGCUUUCCAUCUGCAAUUCGACGUGUAUGGCGAAUUGAUGGACUCCAUUUAUUUGUAUAACAAAUAUGGAAAGCCAGUGUCCUGGGACAUUUGGUGUGCCGUACGACGGAUGCUAGAUUACGUCUUGACCAUUAUUGGCAAAACCGACAUGUCUAUCUGGGAAGUGCGCGGAAACAAGCAACGGUUCACCAUUUCUCAAAUCUUUCUCUGGGUAGCAUUUGAUCGCGGUCUCCGCCUAGCAGAGAAAAGAUGUCUCCCUUGUCCCAAUAGAGCAAAGUGGCUCGAGGCCCGCGAUAGUCUUUACGAAGAAAUCAUGGAAAAGGGCUAUAACACGGAGCUCAAGUCCUUCGUCCAAAGCUACGAGGCCAAUACGGUACUAGAUUCGUCUAUUCUACUUGCGCCUCUGGUAUUUUUCAUAGCUCCAAGUGAUCCCCGUUUUGUAAACACAAUCAACCGCAUAAUGUUGCCUCCAGAGCAAGGAGGGUUGACGAGCACUGGGUUGGUAUAUCGCUACGACACUGAUGAGUCAGAUGAUGGUGUUGGAGGAAGAGAUGGAGCCUUCUCUAUCUGCACGUUUUGGCUCGUCGAGGCUAUGACUCGUGCGAGCAUUCAUGAGCCCCAAUAUCUUCCUCGAGCUCUGAACCUUUUUCAGAAUAUGCUACAAUUCUCGAACCACCUGUCCAUGUUCUCCGAGGAGAUUGCACGAAGUGGCGAACAGCUAGGCAACACGCCGCAGGCUUUUAGUCACCUGUCACUUAUCAGUGCGGCCUUCAAUCUUGAUCGAGUUUUUGAAGGGUGGCAAGACUCUCGCACCUGAAUAUCGUCUGUGAAUGGCGGCGAAAUACGUAUUUGAUAUCUCUAUGUGUUUCUUGACAAGUUUAGUCGAUGCCUCUAAUGUUUGACUUGAUGUAUCUAUAAGUGUGUAUUUAAAGCUACGCUUAAGCAGUGACAUUAUCAAAUAAAUAAUAAAAAACUGGUCUCUUUCCAAUUAUCCUCUGAAACGUCGCAUCGUCAAUUAAACUUGUAUCCAAGGCUCUUCUAAUGAUCACGAAUCGGCGAAAAGGAGCACCGCUAUGUUUAAAUGUUAUUUAGCUGCUCUCAGGUAUCUCAGAGCAGCGUUUGUGAAGUCUCUUGUUCCAUAUAUUACAGGUGACUCCAGGUGACUUUACGGUGAAAUUUAACACGUAGCCAGGAUUUACGGGUAAGACUUCAAGUUGUGAUUUGUUGUAGGAAGCCCUCAUCUUGGUAUAACUGCCAGAUUAAGGAAUUGCUGACUCCUGGGUUCCCUCUGACAUUGAGACAGCGUGAAAGUAUAGACAUACAUGAUGCCAUAUGCUGUCGUAUAGAGUCAGUGGGAUUGGAGGCCGACACUAAACUCACUGGCCUGUUGAGAUGCGCUCCAGCGUCUGGUUUUGCAGAAUUUCCCGAAAAUCCCGUGCCCAGACAACGUUUGCCCCAUCCUGACUGCUGUCGACAUGUGGGACAGGAACGCCGACGCGGUCAAGCGUUUGCAUAAGCGACGACUUGGCAUCUGCGGAUAUGACGAUGCCGUAGUGGGCUAGGAGGCACUCCAUGUCUGUGGUUGAAUCGCCAAAGUAGACGGUCGGGCGUGACGAGUGCCCUACCUUCAAGAUGAGCUGCUCUAGAGAAUUGGCCUUGCAGCGGGACGUGGUCAGCCUGACGCCGUCGUUGAAGCCAUCGGGGCCUUGGAUCGUGCCGUCUGCGGAGAUCUGAUUGGUGAUGAUGGGGACGUCAAUCGGAUGAAGAACGCCUUGGAUAAAGGCCUCGGACCAGUUUACUGAAAGCACGCCGACGUGCCAGCCCUUUUGCCGCGCCAG